AUGUCUCAGAUAAACCAAACAUUUAAAGAAACUUUUUGCAGUAGCGACUCUAGGGGAAGCAUCGUGGAAGAGCAAUUACAAGUCACUACGUAUGCUAAACCACAGGAUUUGAUUAUAACUAGAGGCUCUAACGCCAAGUUAUACGAUGACAUCAAUAAUAAAGAAUACAUUGACUUCACUUCUGGUAUUGCUGUCACAGGGUUAGGCCACUCUAACAAGAAAGUUGCUGAGAUUAUGUUCAAGCAAGCAAACUCUUUAGUUCAUGCAUCCAAUCUAUACUAUACUCCGGAAACCCUUGAAUUGAGUAAGAAGCUAGUCGAGAAUACUAAAAAAUAUGAAGGUCAAUUUGAUGCUUCUAGAGUAUUUCUAUGUAGUUCUGGUACUGAAGCUAAUGAGGCGGCAUUGAAGUUUGCUAAGAAACACGGUAUUUCUAUAAAUCCUACGAAGCAAGGUAUUAUUGCCUUCCAAAACUCAUUCCAUGGUCGUACAAUGGGCGCGUUAUCAGUUACAUGGAAUGCUAAAUAUAGAGAACCAUUUGGUGAUUUGAUGCCAAAUGUGACCUUCUUGAAUAUUCACGAUGAUUUGGCCAAAUUACAGGAAUUUAUAUCUAGUAACAAGGACACCAUUGCUGGUUUGAUUAUUGAGCCAAUCCAAGGGGAGGGUGGUAUCUUCCCAAUUCCUGCAGAAAAAUUAGUUGGGUUGAAGAGAGCUUGUCAAGAGAAUGACAUUAUUGUUAUUUACGAUGAGAUUCAAUGUGGUUUAGGUAGAACAGGUAAACUAUGGGCACAUUCUCAUUUGCCCAAAGAAGCGCAUCCUGAUAUCUUUACAUCUGCCAAGGCUUUAGGUAAUGGUUAUCCAAUUGGUGCCACUAUUGUCAAUGAGAAAGUGAAUAAUGCUUUACAGAUUGGUGAUCACGGGACAACAUUUGGAGGUAAUCCAUUAGGUUGUGCAAUUGGUGCAUACGUCAUUGACACUAUUGCUGAUGAAGCAUUUUUAAAGAGCGUAACUAAGAAAGGUGAGUUUCUUACGAACCGAUUGACUCAAAUUGCAGCAAAAUAUCCAGGGCAAAUAAAGGAAGUUAGAGGUAAAGGUUUGAUUUUAGGCGCUGAAUUUAUCGACUCCCCUGCUGAGAUUGUAAAGAAUGCAAGAGACUUGGGAUUAUUAGUGAUUACCGCGGGUAAGAGCACUGUUAGGUUUGUACCAGCAUUGACUAUUGAAUUAGAAAAUAUAGAAAAAGGUUUAGACAUUUUCGAACAAGCCAUUGCCAAGACAUUUACGUAG